UGCAAGACGAUAAUGUGUUUUAAACGUUAGGGUGGAAGCUGUCAUCAUAAUGGUAAUUCAUAGCAGGGUAGCCAUGGUGAAGUCAAUUUCACCCUCCCUCUGCCACUGCUGAAUGCAUUAGUCUAAUGAGAUGUCUGCAGCCUGUGUGCCGAGCAGCGGCGGCGGCAGCAGCAGUACAGUUAACAGCAGGGAGGACGAAAAGCACAGAAGAACCAGAUACAACAAGGGCAAGAUGGCUUUCACUGCAUUGUGAGGGAGUUGAUCUCCAAAUGAGUUUACCUGCAACGACGGCACAGAAAUCAGACGGUAACAGUGAAAUGCAAUCAGCUGCAGUCGCGCCCUCCUUCAUUCCCAGCCAGUCGGGGAAGAUACCAGGAAGGAAGAGAGGCAGACCCCCGCUCCGCAAUGUCGCCAAAAUGGAUUUUCCUAACCGGUAUCCCGAGUCGCUCCCUCCACUCAAAGUGCCAAAGAAGAGAGGGAGAAAGCCAGGCUUCAAGCUCAAGCCCAGGAUGGUGAUGACACCACUGGCGAUUUCUCCUCCCAGCAGCACCCCUGAGCCUGACAUGAGCUCCAUUCCCCAGGAUGCUGCUACCAUUCCUCACUCCGCCACACCCCAGGUGCUCACAGUGUGUAUCUACAUCAACAAGCAGGCCAACACGGGUCCAAACCUGGACAGAAAGAAGAUCCAGCAGCUCCCUGAUCAUUUUGGACCUGACAGGCCUUCUGUGGUGUUGCAGCAAGCUGUCCAAGGCUGCAUUGACAGCGCCUUCCAGCAGAAAACAGUUUUCACUCUCCUCACACAAGGCUACGGAGGAGAAAAAAUCUCAGCUACAUUUGAUGGUAAGCAGCACCUUCUGAGCCUCCCUGUGGUGAACAGCAUCGACUAUGUGCUACGAUUUUUGAAGAAGCUCUGCCGCAGCCUGCACUGUGAAAACCUCUUCAGUGAUCAGCCCAUCACCCAGCACAGCAUUGGCACCUACCAGUCAGAUGCUGAAACAUCCAUGGCAGAUGACUACCAUCUGGACCAGUCUGACGCAAAGCGCUACUCUGUAGACCCGGGUGAUUCUGCUUUCAGUUCCAUAAGCGCCUCCUACACACCAAAGUCCCCCUACGGUUUCCGCACAUCACAUCAGUUCUCCAAUGGCUCUGCCUCUGUGAGCAUAUGCAGGCAGUCAUCAUCCACCAGCCCGAACGCAUUUCCAGAGAGCAACAGGACAGGGGGUUAUAAUGCGGCUCCAGAAUCCCAGGAGUCUAAGGGUCCACACAAUAAGGACCCAUCCACCUGGUCUGUGGACGAUGUUGUCUGGUUUAUCAGGGACGCAGACCCUCAGGCCCUUGGCCCACAUGCAGAUGUCUUCAGAAAACAUGAGAUCGAUGGAAAUGCAUUGUUACUUCUUAAAAGUGACAUGAUCAUGAAGUACCUCGGACUGAAGCUGGGCCCAGCCUUGAAGCUUUGCUACCACAUCGACAAACUAAAGCAGACUAAGUUCUGAAAACAUGCCUUGAUCUUCUUUUCCAACAAUUUGCUGAAGAUUUUUAGGAUGCCAUGUAAUGAUCACAAACCUACCCAGCUCUC